AAAUUAAGAGCUAAAAUAUUUUUACACGAGCUUUACAGUUUUUUAGGCUUAGAAGAGAUAUUUUAUGUCUCAUAGCUUUUCGAAUUAGAAUUUCCGAUGUGUGCUGCGGAGGCCUGGGUCUAGUCUUCUAGUAUCGUCCCCUGUGCAGCGUGCAUAGGAAACGGACAAGAAGACAUUACAUUCGAUUCCAGGGAAAUACUGCAGAAAUAAGAUAUGGCUACUAAGCAAAAAGCGGAUGAGAAGAUUCGUCACUCACCGAGUAAGGAUCACAAAAAAAACAAAUCUUCGAGUCCGGAAUGUUCCCCUACUUUUCAUAAACGCGCCCCAUUUUUAGUGCCUAGCCCUGUUAUUACAAGAAGAACCAGAACAACAUCACAGUCCAGACUAGCGUCAGAAGCACCAUUAGAAUCCGGAGUAUGCAAGUACUUCUGCCGGGAUAAGGGACAUGGCUUUAUUACCCCCAAUAAUCCUGAUUUGGGAGGUGAUAUAUUUGUUCACAUUUCUGACAUUGAAAGUGAAUUUGUGUUGAAGGAGGGUGAUCGUGUAACAUUCCGCACAAUUGCAAUUCCACCAAAAGAACAAGCAAAGCAAGCUGUUGAAGUAAAUAUUAUUGAAGCACGUGGCCAGCAUAAGAAGUGGGACGAAAGUAACUGAUCUAUUUACUUUUGACAUCUGAAGAAGUCCCUAGUUUGAAGUUCAUUUUUCACCAAAAAACCCUGUUUUUUUCUAAAUGGUACAGUAGCUAUAUAGGCCAUCAGUCAGCCACAUAACUUACACGAUGAAGUUUUCAGUGUUAUAAGUAAUGAUGUGAAGAUUAUCACAUUUAUUGCUGUGUCUAAAAUUAUAUCUUUAGCUGUAAUUUAAAACUAACUUUUUAUUGUUAAAACAAUAAAAAACAAGACUAGAACUAGGCAUUGAGCUACAAGAAGGCUUUUUUUUCAAUUGUAUUACAAUCACAGCAGAUAGCAGUAUGUAAUAAUGCAAAAACAAUAUAACUGAUAACGAUCAUAAUACAAUAGCCAUCUAAAUAUUGUACUAAAUUUUACAAAAAAGAAAGCACUCAGAGUAGUUACCACAUAAGUCAACAGUGAAUCAAUAUUUAAAGCAACAAACAACAACAGCAAGAAACAAGAUUAACAAUCACAUGAUAGACAUUCAAAAGCAUCCACAACUACCAUUAUCUACUACAAAAUCAAUAGGCCUAGCAACAGCAACACCUUCAACAACAAAAAUAGAUGUGAUAACCAAUACCAUGGACAACAACAGCAACUAAUGACAAUGCUAACUAGCAACAGCAACACCUACAAAAUUCAGCGGUAAUAACCAACAGACAUAACAACUAAUAGCAACAGCAGCAACCAUAAACAACAGCAACACCAAUCAAGACUAACAACAACAACAACAAAAACAAUCAGCAGCAAAUAGAAUGCAGUGUAGUGUUUAUUAUACAAUCUUAUUCAGAUGUUCUUUCAGUAUUUUAGUACUUUGGUAUUAGAACUGUAGUUUUUAUACUUAAUGAAUAUCCAUUGUUUUUCUCAUUAAUUUGUAAUUGUCAUUUAUUUGUUAUGCACAAUAAAACUCAGAAUGAUUACUA